AUGAGCGGGCCACACUAUCAAGGGUUCGAAGGUGCCGCAAUUCCAAACGAAAGGAGGAUUGUUCUAGUCGGGAAGACAGGAGUGGGGAAGAGCGCUGCAGGAAACACCAUCCUGGGGAGGGAAGCGUUUGAGUCCGAUCUGUCUCCGUCCUCCUUGACGUCUGAAUGCCAUAAAGCUAAAGGGGUUGUCGGAGGUCGAAGGGUCGCCGUCAUCGACACUCCAGGGCUGUUCGACACUAAUUUCACCCAAGAAGCGGUGGUGAAGAGGAUCAAGAUGUGCAUCUCUCUGUCUGCUCCUGGUCCUCACGCCUUUCUGGUGGUUCUCCAGCUGGACAGGUUCACCCAGGAGGAGCAGGACACCGUCAAGAUGAUUCAGACCACUUUUGGUGAAGAUGCAGCUAAAUACACAAUGGUGUUGUUCACACAUGGAGACCAGCUGAGGAACCAAACCAUUGAGAGCUUUAUUUCAGAGAGUCCUGAACUGCUAGCCCUCAUUCAGAAGUGCAACCAUCGGUACCACGUCUUUAACAACGAAAUCAAAAACCCUGAACAAACCGGUCAGCUCCUCGACAAAAUUGACAAGAUGACUCUGGCUAACGGAGGAAGCCACUACACCAACGAAAUGUUCUUGAGAGCAGAGGUGGCCAUAGAUAAGGAGAAACAGCGACUCCUGAAGGAGCUGGAGGCCAAGAAGCAGAAAGAGCUGGAAGAACUAAGAUCUCAAUAUGCAGAAAGGCCCUACCGCAGGGAGAUGAAGCGGGUGAAUAGAAGAUAUGAGCAUGAGGCCAGAGCUCUAGCUGAAAAAUCCAAUGACUUCGUCGCUGCUCCGGUAAUAGCUGUGGCAACGGCCUGUGGUGCUGCUGUCGGAGGUCUGAUUGGAGUUGCAGGAGGUCCAAUCGGUGUGGUAAUAGGAGUCGCAGCUGGAGCGGCCAUUGGAGCUACCAUCGGUGUCAUAUCCUUAAAAGUUUCAGAUCGCUGCCAUGUGCAAUAA